UUAUUCAAGUUUCGAAAGACUUUAUCAGGUCUCGUCCCAGCGAUAUCUCCUAGCUGGUCGACUUUUGUUUACAUCAUGGCGGACUGAGGCCUCGUUCUGGACAUUUUGACAGUAAAGGAGUGAAGGAACCGACAAUUUGACGGUGUGCGUUUGCCUUGAAGCCUGUUUCCUGUGGAGAUUGGAGAGGAGGCACAAUGGUGUGAUGAUAUUCACGUAGUCAGACACUCUUUGUUUGAUAUUGGUGCUAUUCAAACCCAGGAAGGAUGACAUCAAAUACUAGAAGACGGGAGGUCAAUGAUAUCCCUCGGCUUGUCCGAGAUAAGCUGGAACUUUACAUCAACUAUGAGCGGAGAGAGAACAGAUUUAACACCCAGGGUGUUCACAGAACAACUCCUCGAAUGCACACAUAUGACUACAUCUACAGAGUCCUAGAGAAUACAGAGCUCGAGAAAGAAUGGAAGAAGAACCAGAAAAAGGAGAGCCCGAGGAAAGAGGACCAGUCUAAAGAAAGAAAAAGUCCAUACAAUGUACGGCCACAACUCUACCAGAAUUCGCGAAGAGUGGUUGGUCGCAGAGAGACCAUGAGACUUACUGCCAAUGCAAGUCAAGUACUGGAGAGUGUCCCUUUAGAAAAGCUCUACAUGAUACACAGGUACCGACCAAGAAGUGUUGGAAUUCCGCUCAUUACAGAAACGGGAAAACUGCAGAACUAUAGUCGCCAUGUUGGUUGUGCUCUUAAUGCGGAAAACUACAUCAGAUAUUAUAAAGAACAAGGUUUAGGCAGUGGAGACUGUAACUCAAGUCCUCGACUACAGAGGCUGGCCAAAAGUGCCAAACAGCGAGUUGAGUUGGAGGAACAGAGACAGCGGGAAGAGGAGGGAGAGAUUCGUCCAGAUACAGUUUCUGGAUCUGGUCGUCAAACGCCACUCCUUCAAAGGUUGGCUGAAGACGACACAAAAGAUACACAUGACUAUUCUGACGAAGACUUUGAACGUGAUAGUGAGGACAAGUCAACAACAGAUGGCAGCACUGGAAAGAAGGAGACUGGGUACUCCGAAGAAGAGUUUGAAAAGGAAAGCAAAGAUACUGUUCUUUCUGAAGAUAAGGUUGAAUCUAGUAGAGGGACCUUGGUUGAUGAGGGAAAAGAGGAGGAAUGUAGGGAAGAAGAGAAGAAGGGUGGGGACGAUGAUGAGAAAGUAAGCCUGGACGGGACUGAAAAGAAGAAAAAGAGAGACAGGUCAUCAUCUUCUUCGUCCUCUUCUUCUUCCUCUUCCUCUUCGUCUUCCGCUUCAAGUUCGAGUUCAUCUGAUGAAGAUGACAAAGAGGAAAAGAAAAGGAAGAAAGAGGCUAAGAAGCUGAAGAAGAAGGCGAAGAAGAAGGAGAAGAAGUUAAAGAAGAAGCAGAAGAAGGAGGAAAAGAAGUUGAAGAAGAAGAAAGAGAAGAAAGAAAAGGAAAGAGAGAAAGAGAACGAGAAAGAGAAAGAGAAAGAGGAAGAGAAAGAGAAACAGGGAGAGGGAGAGGAAAAUGAGAAAGAAAACAGUGAGCUGAAAUCAGAUGGUUCCACGACUGUUGAGGAGAAGAGCGCUGAUGAUGACCAGGCCAAAUCCCAGGGAGUGAAAGACUCUGUGGAUGCGGUAGAAAAAACCAGGGGUGAAAAGUCACCAGAUAUGGGUCCAUCUGAUGACAAAAAAUCUUUAUUAGAUCUGGGAGAGAAUCUCGUUGUUGAAGAAGGCCAAGAUGCGAAACCUGUUGAGGGUAAAAUGGCAGAAUCUCAGUCGAACGUUGAAGGUAGGGCUAAAAGUGCCAAACCACGGGGCAGGAGUGUCAGUGUUGCCAGUUCGCCUGCGAAGCCUCCUACGGCUUCAACGAAUCAGAGUCCGUCGGCAAAAGCACCACGCCUUUCAUCUGGUUAUCGCAAUGCUCGUGGCCAGAAUACCACAAGGUCUAGAUCUGUAAGCGUUGGUGAUAGGCCAAAACAGGAAUACAGCACUACAAGUAAUGCUAAACCUGGCCAAAAUGCAUCAAAACCUAAGCUGGAGGCGCGAUCACCGUCGAAAGAUUUCAGGGAAUCUGGUGCCUUGCCUGCUAAACCGUUCCGGAAAGAAGGCCCACAGGUGAAGGCCAGUGCAGGGGAAACCUCUGAGACCAGGUCAGAAGGUCGUCGUGGUAGUGUCAAGCCUGGCAGGAAGGAUACCCCUGAAGGUAGGUCAGUCAGCCGCACUGGAUCUACCCACGCUGGUGCCAGCGCUGCAUCUGUUGUUGAAGCUGCUGUGGAUGAUGACAAGAGGGAUACAGUUAGUUAUGCGUCGAUUGAGUACGCCGAGAGGAAGCCACUAAUCAGGAGUAUUUCUAACCCGCCAUUCCAAGCCUUCAUGGGGGGAGGAACGAAAUAAUGUUGUCUUUUCCGUCCAUCUCGGCACUGGUCCUUGGAAAUCCAACAAUUGUGUGCUAUCUCAACUUUAGAGGACUUUCCAGCUUUAUACAGGAGUUGGCCAGCUGUGUCUGGCCUCCUCUUUGUCCGAAUUCAUCGUCCAUUGAUGUAUUUAUGAGUGGUAGGGUAACGCUCGUGUGGACUGCUGAUAUUAUUAUUUAAGACAUACCUGUGAUGUAUCAUUUCCAUUUAUUCGUUCAGCAUUAAUCAACGGAAGAGUAAGUUACAAAAGCCUCUUAUAGAUGUCACUGUGUAUCAUUUUUACACUUCGGAUAUUUACCUUUAUACAAAAUUAUUCAACUUACUGUGAUAUUUGAAUGGUUCUUACCCCACAAUUGUUUAUAUCUACACAAGAUAUUUUAUAAAAUUAUAAUUUAUAUAAAUGUAUAACGAAUAUGCACAAGAUGUCUCCACAGAACUGGGUUUUCAAAUUCAGGAUUUUAAACUUUGUUUUUCACAUGAUGUCGUUUAUAUGUGUGAGUUGUGAUUUUUAUGAGUUACAUGCAUACAUUUAGCAACAAAUUAAGGAGUUAUAGCAACUGUUAGAAUACGCACUUAUUACGAUAUGCAGAUUUUAGUCGUAUAUAUUGGGUCGCCAUUUAAUGGCGUUUUCUUAACACGCUGAUUUAAUUUUGUAGAUAGUUUAAUAACAUAAAUUAUUAAAAAUGUAUGUUAUUUCAAA